AUGUCAUCGGAAUAUUCAUUCUGUAGCGAGGGAGGCUUUGACGAACUGUCCAGUUCAUCCGACUGUUUUGAUGUUAGCUUCGAGUCUCCGAAACACGAAUUAUCCGCGGAUGGUCUCUUUCCACCUGUGAAAGAAGAAAAACGGAAGAAAACUCGGAAUACUCGAUGUAAAAGUCCCACUCAGGUACUCAGAUUGAAAAGGAAUCGUCGGAUAAAGGCGAACGAUCGAGAACGGCACAGAAUGCACACGCUGAACGAUGCACUAGAGAGACUAAGAAUGGCUUUACCUACAUUUCCAGAAGACACCAAGUUGACAAAGAUCGAGACCCUUCGGUUCGCUCACAAUUAUAUAUGGGCUCUCUCUCAAACAUUAGGAAACUCUGAGAGUGGCGAAGUAACCGUUAACGUCGGCAAUGUAACAGUCAGCAUCAGCGAGAACGGUAACAUGAUCACGUCUUCGACCGGAAGCUGUGCUGUAGCUGCACAAAAACGACUUGGACCGAGUCACCCAACAACAUUUCCUUAUCCUCAGGAAAGAUUCGUGCCGGAAUGGCAAGAAUAUGAUUGCUAUAGCGAUCAAAGUGUCAGUCCACCGAUACCACAACAAUAUCAACCGUGUUACGAGCAAAGGAUGUAUCCACAUCAUCAAAUUCAUCAGCCACAUCAUCACAUGACUCAUCACAACAGCAUGUAUCAGUGCCUUUAAGAUUUGGACAUUGUAUUGUAUC